UUACUUCCUUCGUGAAUCAGAGAUUGCUGCCAUGAAGACAUCAUCAGUUGCGGAGGAUGAGCCCGAUAUCCUACAGUAUAAAUUAAAGUAUACCCCUGAUCUAAGAUGCGAGAAGCAAACAGACUUGGUUCCGGUUUGCUAUCGCUGCAAAUCCUGCAUCUUGUCCUGGAAGAUUUUUUCCACCCGAGAGUGGUUUGUUCGUGCCAGCCAAGCAACUCAGAGGUCGUUCGUGCUGGGGAUCAUCAACCGAUUCGAAAGCCACGACCUCCUGAAAUACUCAUGGAACCUCCUACAGGCUAUCGAUACCAAGGACUUUAACUAUUCCCGUUCCAGCGUCAGCUCCACCUUCAGAGCCUCUUCUUCUCUGGAUCGGGCAAUGGAUCCACAGAAACUGGCGCAAUCCAUGGCGGAUCUUUGGAGAUGGUUCGAGGGCGCCUGUUUCUGGACCAAAGCAAACUACAUACUUCUCUUGCUCCAAAUGUGCGAUUCACAUUUGUUGCUGAUGGCUGCUACUCUGAUCCGUAUCCUCUUAACUGAACAUGAGAAUGCCAUGUCAGAAAACGCGGAAAAAGAAGAAGACUAUGUAAAGUGGAGCAAAUCUGACAUGCGUCCUCUUCUCCCAGUGAAAUCUGCUACGCUUUCCCAAAUGGCUGAAGCCCAGUUUCUUUCAAAAACAAGCAGCGUGUUUGGUAAUCUCCGUGUACAAAAGUUGUGGUCCAAACAAUCAGAAAAUGUCUUCAAAAAAGCACUGAAUGAUCUGGAAAAUGAGACUAACUACUUUGCAGUGCUGACUUUGCACCCAACCAUUCCACCUGCUUCUCCGCAGCAGUCCCCCAACAAAUCCAGAGAUUUCAUCCGGUAUCUGCCUAUCCACUUAUCAAAAUCCAUUUUGAGAAUGUUAGACAUGAAAACCUUAGCACGAUGUGCCUCUGUAAGUCCACACUGGAACUUUUUGGUCAAACAACUUAAAUGUGACGUAAUAGCAAAUUAUGCCCUCCGAAGUCAGAUUUCCUUUUUUCAGGGCUUAUGUCCUAAAGGAGCAAUUUCCACCUAUGCCAAAAUAGUAAAGGUUGCUAUUCCUCGCAUAACAGCAAAUGGUGAUAUAAUCCUAACCAAAACUAAGAAGCAAUUCAAGGAUUAUGAACCGCAGCAAACUGCAAGUCAAAGUGAAGACAUUGAAUACAUGCAGAAAGCAUAUCAUGGCCAGGAGACAGACACUAUAAAAUUAGAAGAAAGGAAUGUCUUCUGCAGUGGCUACAAUGUUCGUAUUCUAAUAAACAGUCUGGAUUCCAACCGAGUGAUUCAUAGCACUGCUGGAAGGUUAUUGGCCUUUGGUUCUUUAGAUCGAAAAAUCCGCUUUCUAGAUAUAGAGAAGAUUAAAAGUGUCCCUCCUAUCUUCUUUGGGCAUGCUGGUAGUAUCAGAUCCUUGUAUCUCCAUGAAGACAGAGGAUUCCUCCUGAGUGGCAGCUAUGAUCUCAGUAUCAGAAUGUGGAACAUCAGAAAAGGAACCUGUGUGAAGAUUUUUCUGGGGCAUAAAGGGAAUAUCACUUGCUUGGAUGUGUGCAAGACCAGAUUUGUGUCUGGAUCCAAAGACUGCACAGCAAAAUUGUGGGACAUGAAAACUGGGCGAUGUGUUAAAACUUUCACACACAAAGCUUAUGUUUGGGCUGCUAAAAUGAAUGAGGUUCAUAUUGUGAGUUCCUGUGACAAGGGCCUCGUGAAAGUUUGGCAUGCUGAGUCGUAUGUACUAAUCAAGGUUUUAGAAGGUCAUCGAGGUGCUGUAAAAUGUUUGUCAUUUGAUGAGUGGCAUCUUGUGACAGGAAGCAGUGAUGGAUAUAUUUUGGCAUGGAGCAUGGUGGGAAAACACAAGCGAUGUCUAAUGGCUUUCAGACAUCCCAAGGAGGUUCUAUCGCUGGCCUUUAUUUAUCUCAGAGUCAUCAGUGGCUGUGCUGAUGGGAAGAUACGCAUAUUUAACUUUUUCUCUGGAAUCUGUCUGAGGGUUAUGAGAGGAAACAGCAGAGGUGACCCAGUGGUGUCCUUCUGUAUUUUAGAAAACAGAUUAUUGAUCAACGCAGAAGGAAGCGUGGUCUUGUUCCAGUUUGAAGAAGUAGAAUGGGAUCAUAAUCAACUUUCUGAUAAAAUACCUAACCAAGCAGUCAUAAGCAAAUUUCAUGACAUACCAGCCCAAAUAAAGCCACCUCCAUAUACAAAAUCUGUGCGGGAGAAAAGAGCCAGAAAGAAAAAUUGGAAGCUAUACAAAGAAGCUGAUGACACAGUACUUUCCUAUUAUAUUUCCCAGCAUGCCACAAGAUUAUCCAAAGGUGUCCCAGCCCUUGUUUAUGAAAUUGUGAAGACUCCUUUACCCCGGAAGAGAGAGGAUAAGACAGCCAUGGCCCUGGAUCCAUACCAAAAGCACAGACUCUCUGAACUUGCCCAUCAAACUUUAAAGGAACAUCGGUCUUCAACAAUAAUGAAAAUUACUUCUGAUGAGGAAUUAGUACCAGAAGCUCCACCCGCUUCCUUAUUUCGUCAGAAUACCAAGGCUUUGUUAAAUCACGUAAAGAAGAGGCAUCCUAUUGGUCCCAUAUCUAAUGAUCAGAUACUCCUCACUGUCAGUACAGUACACCAUGCCUAUCAACAGGAUGAUGUCAGUGCCAAUAUGGCAUACAACGUGAACAUUAAAGAUGCUUGGGAACCUGUUCAGCCCAAGAAAUUACAGCCUAAAUCAACUCUAACUUCUCAAAGUUCAAAGUACAAGGCAAUAGAUCUAGCAACCCAAGUGAAACAACUAAAGGCUGUUGGUGUCACUUUAGGUAUGGAAAAGAUUUCCUCACCUUAUGAAACCAAAAUGCUACAGCUCAACACAAAGAAUUCUUUGCUUGGGAGUGCUGUGAAAUCCUUCAUUCCUCCCCCCUCUAUCACACGUUCCAAGUCUUGCAGCAGCUUGUCAAGAAGAAAAGCUUAUUUUAACAUCUCAUCUCCAGCUGUUGCUAAGAGUAAUAUCAUUGGUGGCAUUACAACUUCAGCUGAAUCCAUCAAAAUAACACGAAUGAAGAUUGCCCAACCUGAUACCAAUGUAACUUUGCGGCGCAGAAAAUAUUUUUAUGCCCUUAAUGCAAAUCCUUAUCGUUAUAAUUCUGGGUUCCAACUUCUGACUACACAACAAAUGAAAGAAUAUGAAGAAUCUAAGAUUGCAGAGUAUCAGGCAACCAAAACAAAAGUUAUUGCAAAUAGAGAAAAGGUGUGUAAAAAUGCUUGGGUAAGGAAAAUUAAAGGUCUUCCUAUAGAUGACUUCACUAAGGAGGGCAGAACUGCUGCUCCUGAACUUGGAGAUAAUGUUUUCAUCUGAGGCUAACUUCUUUAAUACAGCUGACAAACCCUAAAAAACAAAUGCCAAAUUCCAGCACAUAUACUAUUGAUUUCCUCUGAUCUGAAACUUUGUCCUAUUUCCCUCUGUUGGGAGACUGUGACAAACUGUACUAUAUCAAACAAUUAGACCUUCUUUGUUUUCAAAAAUGAAAAGUUUCUCUCCCUUUCC